GACAUCAUAUGACGUCCUCCCACUCUUAACUGCACAUAGGAGACUUCUACACUGAUCAUCAGGGCACUAAUGAUUAGUGUAGCCCCAUCAGUGCCACCUGUCAUUGCUCAUCAAUGCCACAUACCAGUGCCCUUCAGUGCACAUCAAUGCCACAUAUCAGUACCCAUCAGAGCUGCCUUUCAGUGCCGCCUGUCAAUGCUGCCUAACAGUUCCAAUCAGUGCCGCCUAUCAGUGCCAUAUAUGAGUACUUCCUUUCAGUGCCCAUCAGUCAUGCCUGUCAAUGCCCACAAAUGAUGCCUGGCAAUGCCCAUCA